GGCAGCAGCGGCGUCAACGAGGCUGCCGCGAGAAGCGAGGUGAGAGUCGCCAUUACACCCACCUUGGGGAAGAGAGAGCCCUCGCUCCAUGCUCCCUUCAGCAGUGCACCAUACAAGGUGCAGGGGAGAGAGAGGUGAUGGAUGACAUUGUCUUCCGAAGCGACACUGUCCUAUCUGAUGUCCACCUACACACCCCAAGCAAAAGGCAUUUAAUGGUCAGGCUGAAUGCUGUCGGACAGCCAGUGUUUCUCUCACAGUUCAAAUUCCUUUUGGACAAAAGCAAUCAGAAAACUGAGAGGGAAGUGAGUGGCUUUGAAAAAGAAAACCUUAAACACCAGGACAAACGUGGAGAGGGAUUAGAUGUGGAGGAUCCUGCUGAUGACCACGUUACUCUGAAAACCACUAACAAGGAAGAGAACUCUUUGAAAGGAAUUCAAGCUUUGUUAGACGAAGAUGGGGAUUUGGAGGUUGUCCGGAAUCCUCCAUUACUUGAUGCAGAAGCUGAAGACAUUUCAAGGGACAAAGUGUGCCCCAUCAUUUUGAUGAAAGGUGGAGAAAUCUUGGAAGAACAAGAGCAAGAAAACAAUUGCUAUGAUAUUAUUAAAAUAGAGCACGCCAUGGCAACCCCUUUGGAAGAUGUUGGCAAACAGGUCUGGCGAGGAGCCUUCUUACUUGCAGACUUCAUCCUCUCCAAGCAAGAUUUGUUUAAGGACUGCACAGUGCUGGAGCUUGGGGGCGGCACCGGGAUUGUCAGUAUCAUCAUGGCAAAGGCAGCCAAGGCCAUUUAUUGUACAGAUAUUGGUGAAGAUCUCCUGGAAAUGUGUGAACGAAAUAUUGCAUUAAACAAGCACCUUACUGAGCCAGCAGGAACUAAGAUUAAGGUCAGAGUGCUGGACUGGCUUAAAGAUGAGUUCUGUAUUGAUCCUGAUCAUUCCUUCAGCUGGUCUGAAGAAGAGAUUGCAGAGCUUCACGAUUUCACCACUGUGAUCCUAGCUGCUGAUGUAUUUUAUGACGAUGAUCUAACAGAUGCCUUUUUCAAAACGCUGUAUCGAAUCACUGGCAACUUGAAAAACCCCUCCACCAUCUACUUGUCAAUAGAAAAGAGGCUCAACUUCACCUUAAGACACAUGGACGUUGUAUGUGAAGCAUACAAUUACUUUCGAAGCACCUUGAAUGAUCUAGAAAGUAUCAGAGAUGGCAAAAUGAGAUAUACUGUUCAGCCUGUCCAACUCUCUUUUCCUCAACGUAUUAUUUAUGAGCGGGUUGAGCAGUUGGAGUUAUGGAAGAUUACAGCUGACAUGACCACUGAAAGAAGCACACACACUCCUCUCCCUGAGAGAUUGAAAACUGGACAUGGGGACUUCAGUACAGAAUAAUUUCCCUGUAGGGUUCUGUCUGAAAUAAUUAUCUGAAUGGAGCCAGGUCCCAAACAGAUCCUGGGUAUGUGUUUAGAAAAGCAUAUUAAAUGUGUCCAUAGCACCAGUUAAUAGUCUGGGUGUGAUUUAUGAACAGUAUCACCCUCUGUGAUAUGUUUGGUUUGUGUUCCAGCAACACCAGAAGACCAGCAGUUUGGAUACGGGAUAGGAAAAUUGCAUACCAGGUCUGAUUCAGAUUCAGAUUCUUAUCUGAAUCAGAUAAGUGCUGGAGAUGCAAAGAGAUUGAGAGAACAUUUUUUCAUAUGUGGUGGACCUGUAAA